AUUCAAAAACGGUGUUUCUGCAGGACAUGGAUCCUCCUGCUGUGUUAAUAUAAGCCUUAACACUAUAUUAUUCUCCUAAAGUUGACGCGGCACAUCUUGACAGCCCCCCAUUUAAUUAAAUUUAAAAUAGUUUCUUAUUAUUAAAUUGAAAACAUAAUUUGCAUUUGGCAGUGCGUGAUCUCAGCUUGACUCGUACAAAAAAUUGAUUAAGUUAAAGCGAUUUGUCGGCAUUCCAUUAUAGUUUGUUUAUAUUACUGUCGGAAAUGAAACAUCGAAAAUAUGCUUUUAUCACAGUGUUUUUGUGCGUUUGUUCCUACGGGCUGGCGCAGGAUGAACGGGAUACCAAGCAGCACCCCGAAUUAACCAAAGUAGUGCAAAGCUGGGCAAACAAAAUAAGCGGAGAACUUUGGCAUUUCGGCGAAAUGGUUACUCGCAAGGAUGAAGUUAAAAAUAGUUUCAAAGAUACGUCUAUAGUAUACGAAGAUGGUGAGACGUUACUAAAUGAUAUUCAUGAAAGAAUAUCCAACAUGAUGAGGCAAAAAGUGGACGCAGUAAGGAGAAUAAUGGACAUUGCAGAACAAGCGGCACAGGCUCAAAAAGAAGAAGACAUAGACUUUAACUUUCAGUUCUAUAACGCCAAAAAUCUUACUAACUCCGUGCCGAAUAUUACCGGAUCAGAUGAAUAUGAGAUUCAAGAUUUGGCCGCGACCCAAGACCUCCGCUAUGAUGAGUCUUUGGUAGAAAAUUCUCAGGUCGAACAAAACUACCAGAGUAUCUAUCGUUCCGCAAACCUAAACAGGUAUCAAAGGGAUCAAGAGUCGAACAACAAAGAUGAGUUUGAUGUAGCAGAUACUGAGACUUCGGAUGAGGGUUUAGAAAAGGAUCCCCAAGCAAGCCAAGCCCAGAUAGAUAAAAGUCGAUUGCCUCUGUACAGGAAUAGACAUUUUUAUAAUAUUCCCGUCAACACUAACUACAGUGCCGUCCAUGUACCUAGCAAUGUUUAUGAAAGAUCAAAAGACGUGAUAGCUGGCAUCAAAUGGUCAGAAGAACUAGACAAAACCUUUAGAAAUAAUUAUAAAGUCGACCCGACUUUAUCGUGGCAAUAUUUUGGUAGUAGCACUGGAUUUAUGCGACAAUUUCCCGCCAUGAUUUGGUCUCAAGAGCCUGUAGAUCUAUUUGACUGCCGCACUCGAAGUUGGUAUAUAGAAGCUGCAUCGUCCCCCAAAGAUAUAUUGAUCUUAGUGGAUAGAUCUGGAUCUAUGACAGGGAUGCGCAGAGAAAUUGCUCGUCAUGUUGUCCAUAACCUCUUAGACACAUUAGGAAACAAUGACUACAUUAAUAUUUAUACGUUUAGUAAUACGACAGAUCCUUUGGUUCCAUGUUUUGAUAAUAAAUUAGUACAGGCAAACUUGGCCAACAUUCGAGUUUUCAAAGAGAGCAUGACUGACUUUAAAACGGAGCAAAUCGCCAAUCUUUCAUUAGCAUUGUCAACAGCUUUUGAGAUCCUCCAGGCUUAUCGGGAAAGCAAAUUAGGAGCCAAUUGUAACCAAGCUAUUAUGCUGGUAACAGAUAAUAGCCAAGACAAUUACAAAGAGGUUUUUGAGAAAUACAACUGGGAUAAUCUUCCGAUUGUCACCGUAAGAGUGUUUACUUACUUAAUAGGAAGGGAAGUCAGCGAUACAAGAAAUGUUAAGUGGAUGGCUUGUGCCAAUCAAGGCUACUACGUGCACUUAAGCACUUAUGCGGAGGUACGCGAAGAAGUACUGCACUAUAUCCCAGUCAUGGCUCGCCCUAUGGUGCUGAAUGGUAACCAGAAACCCAAUCCUUCCUGGUCGCCAGUUUAUGCGGACGUAACCGAUCCGAAACUUACCAAUUGGUUGUGGGUUAACCGGCAGAGGAAUAUGCAAAGAGAGCGAUAUCUGAUGUUUAGCAAGUAUAAGGACUUGAUGUCGCCAUAUGAGAUUGAUAAAAUGUUUGUGCACCAACAGAAAAUGAAACAAGAUGUUUAUGGGGACACUCAAACGUACCAUCUUAUGACAUCUGUAUCGCUGCCGGUUUAUGAUAAGAAGCCACGACAAAAUAUAACCGAAAAACAGCAAGUAAACGAAGCUGUAUGGAUCACUGUCACCCGAGAGGAACGAGUUGCAAACCUUUUGGGCGUUGCUGGCACUGAUGUACCUAUCGAAUAUAUAAAACGUCAUAUGCUGCCCUAUAGGCUGGGAGUGAACGGUUAUGGCUUUAUUGUUACCAAUAAUGGCUACAUACUAACACAUCCUGACCUCAGACCUGUUUAUAAAGGUAUUUUAAAACCAGCCUAUAAUAAAGUGGACAUGAUGGAAGUGGAAAUCGUUGAUGACGAUACUUUACCGCGGGAAUUCGGUGAUGAAAUAAGAGAGCUUAGGCAUAAAAUAGUCAUGCAAAAGAAAGGAAAUAUUACUAUGAGGGUUAAAAGUCAUUUGGAUGAUAUGACAAGAAUUCACAUCAGCAAUCGAAACUACUACUAUAUGGGCAUAAAUAAUACACCGUUCAGUUUAGUAAUUGCUCUUCCUCAUAGAUACGGCUUUAAUAGGGCACAACAUCCUGUGGAAAAUGAUAUACACAGGAUCAGGUCUAACGAUAAAGGGCAGCAUACUCUUACGCAGUUUUUUACUGGAAAUUGGACCAUUCAUCCUGAUUGGCAUUACUGCCGUUACUUAGACGAAAAGCAUUACUUUGAAACAGCUGAAGAGGAAUUUCUACAUUUCUUAAAAAAGAUGGAGGGUCCUGGAUGGAAAUGGUCUCGGGAAUGUGAUCGAAAGCUUAUAGCGAAGGUUGUAGCCGAUGCCAAAAUCACUGUUUGGUUUUCGGAAAAUAUUACCACUACUACCAAAGAAGAUAAAGGACCUAUGUCUAUAUUGAUGGCGUUAAUAUCCAGAGCUCAACUGAUUAAGGACCAUGGAAUAGUGGUAGCUUUUAUGGCUACCCAUAGCGGACUUACGAGGUGGCAAAACUUUCCUCAGAACAUUGAUAACAACUUGCAUGAAAAGCAUUUCCACAAUAUUCAUAAUAAAGCUAUAGAUGAAGUGUGGUACCGAAGAGCCAUUGAUCACUCCUACGUUGAUCCUGGGAUUUACGUUUAUUCAGUACCACAUGAAGCAGGAGAGGCAAACAACACAUUAGUAACUGUUAGCUCCGGGGUUUUUAAAGAAGAUGGUGGGAGAAAAGCGCCAGUAGCUGUCGUAGGAUACCAGUUUUAUCACGCUUCAUUCUAUAAUUUCUUUAAAAAGAUUACAAUUAACUGUGGAGAUAUGCAAAAGGCCUGCAAAAAAACAUGCGACUCCGAAGAAUUGCACUGUUUAAUGUUGGACGACGGCGGCUACGUAAUCGUCAGUGAUAACAUCCAAGAAACCGGGUUUUUCUUUGGAAAACUCCGCCCGGACAUCAUGAGUUCUUUGAUUGAUGAGGGGAUCUAUAGUGCGCAUCGGAUGUAUGACUAUCAAGGACUUUGUCCAGUUAAAGAAGACUCUGAGAGUUCCAGUUCAAAAUUAUUAACGCCCUACUUCUACUUCCUGGCCAUCCUAGACUACAUCUUAUCAACCGCCGUGUCGUUCACCGAAGCGAUAACGGGAAAUAUGUACUACGACCCCGCCAUGUUCCAGAUGGACAAUAAUCAGUUUGAAGAACCGAUUGAUCAUGGCGAUCAUGUGGUGUCGGAUCAUGAUGACCAUGAAGGUGAAACUGGACAUGAACCUGAUUAUGAUCAUGAAGGUCAUGAACAAGGCGGUGAUAAGGCCUUCGAUGAGAGUGCCACAAUGCCUAAGACGAAACCGGAGCCAUGCGAUAACUCAUUUUAUUUAUACAGUUUAAUACACUAUACUACAAGAAAUGAGUCAGCCAGUGGAUACAAUAAAACUAUGGGGAACUGUUCCAGGCCGUUUGUGGUUCAGCGCGUCAGCGGAAGCAAUAUGAUUUUGCUGGUAAUAAACAACUUAUGCCAGGAGCAAAAGGACAGAUUCCCGCCAUCACCAGAUCCUGAGGAAUACGUAUAUAACGCCUCCUUGCCUUGCUAUGUAAACCAAUCACCUCCGUUACCCAGGAGAUUGUAUAUGACGUGUGUUAAUAGGACAGCUAAUGAAAGUGAGAUAAAGCUGUGCGGUUCAGGGAACAACAUAUCACCACAUAACCUCGUAAUAUUAAUUAAUUUUUAUCUUGUAUUUCGGCUUUUUUUUAGCGUCCACUAGCACAGUGUACAAGUAGCUAAGUCAAUUUAAAUAAUUUUUAUAUAUUAAAAUGUCUAGUUUUUUAAACUGUGAUAUCAAAUUUAUACUUAUGUGUGUAGCAGUCUUUUCAUUAUUAGCUGUAAUUUACAAGAAUCUGUUUUAUUUAUAAAAGUUCUUAUCACAUUAGGCCAAAAAAAUUAUUUGUGCUAGUUUUCUAUGGUAAUUAUCUAUUUAAUGUCUAUAUAUAAAUAUUUGAUAUUGCUGAUAACGGUCAUUCCAAAAACAAAACUAACAUAUUUUACAUAUCACUGCUGUUCUCAAAGAUGUUAUUGAAGUAUCGGUAGUGGCAGGCCUUCGCGGUGUUGACGCGCAACAUCUUCAGUCGAUUUGUUUUCGACACACACUAUUGUCAGUCUACUGUAAGUCUUGAGCAAGAGGGGGAUGACAAUCAAAAAGAACAGAAAUAUAUGUCAGCCACAGAAAAUCUCCCUUUAGAAGAAGUGGAAAAAUGAAAGGAGCGUGUCGGGUUUUAAUUUUAAACUAAAUUUUGCGAUAUGUUGCAGAAGCUGUUUUGUUUCAUUUAUUAUCCGAUAGAUAGAGGCAAUCUGAAUUUUUUAACUUGGGUUUUUGUCGAUGGGUUUCUGUUCUGGCUACCAUUUCCAUCGCCAUCCUCACGUCAUUCGAUUUCAAUAUUUUCGCUGUAGACGUUUAAUUGAGAGACUAAGAUAAUAAACACUAGAAACUUGUUAUCCUCAUUAAUAUUUAGUGUCCAGUGCCUGUUAAAUGAGAUUUAGUGCUUCACAAAAUAUUAAUUAGCUAAUCUAUUUAUAAAUCAUUAUAACACACUCCAGUGGUGUACUUUCUCGUGUGUUGUGUUGUAGUGUGUAACGGGGUAGCAUAUUUCAGAAUCUGUAUAAUAUGUAACAUAAAUGUGCAUGGAUGUAGCCAUAUUUUCUUAUUAUUAUUCUUUUGUAGUCCUAAACAUAAUUAAUUUGAUGUCUCAGAAGCCUAUUGGGGUUAUAAGUAUAACAUUAGAUUAAAGUGGUUUUGAAUUUCCACACCUACGAUACCUUAGGAAGUCUUAUUAACCCAAUAAAAAAAAUUAUUCACAUAUAUUUUUUUAUUGGGUUAAUAAAACUACAACCAGAACCGAAAGCAAAUCGGGCAAACCCAUAUUAAAACAUACAAUGCCUCUAUCUAUUGGAGAAAGAAUGAAACAAAACAGCUUCUGUAAUGUACGGCAAAUCGAUGACGUACAUUACAGAAGCUGUUUUGCACACCUCAUUUCUAAAGGAGGAUGUUCUGUGGUCUUAGUAGCCCAAAGUGAAAAUGCAGCAUAUGUCUGUCGCUAGAGAAGUGACUGUAGAUGUUGCGGCCUAACGCCGGGAGCAUGCGUGAUCAAGAUCCUUCAAUACCAUAUAGGAUUUAAAAUUAUCCUAUCCGAAGUACAUCUCUUAUUUAGAGUAUAAUUAAGGAAAAUAUUAGUAUACAGAGUAUUUGAGCAGAUGUGUUCCAAUCUAUGUCAUUUAUGAGGAUUUUUACCGUGUGCACUGUGUAUAAAUGUAGAACAUGGAAUUUUUCUUCUCAUCUUUUUUUUUUCUCGCCAAAAAUGGAAUAAAUUUCGUCUUCUUAGCCCAAAGGUUGAGGCACAAUACUGAAAUCCUCUGUAUACGCCGUAGUUGUAUUAUGUAAUCCGUCGCUCUGCAAAUACCCUAUAAUUAAAUAUUAUAAAAAUUUUAGGCCUAGGCACUUUACAGGGUAACGGAUUACGCAUCCUAACUUAUUACUUGGCAACUUAUCAAAAUGUAGUUAAAACUAUUAUUAUUACUAUAAUUAUUGUUUUGUAACAUAACCGUUGUAAAUAAAUUAAAUUCAGUUCUUAUUUCUUAUAUAUUCUAUCUAAUUUUUACUUAAUAAAUAUUGUUGAAUUUUUA